AUGGCAGGAUUACGAUCCUUUGAUGCAUUCCCCAAAACUGAUGAAACUCACCAACAGAGAUCGUUCAAAGGAGGGCUUAGCUCGGUAAUGACCUAUUUGUUCCUCCUAUUCAUGUGCUGGACCGAGUUCGGAAGCUAUUUCGGCGGAUAUGUGGACCAACAGUACAAGGUCGAUGGCGAAGUGAGGGAAACAUUCCAAAUUAACAUGGACAUGUAUGUGAAUAUGCCCUGUAACUUAUUGCAUAUCAAUGUGAGAGACAAAACUAUGGACAGAAAAGUUGUGUCCAAAGAGUUAAGCAUGCAAAACAUGCCCUUCUUCGUUCCCUAUGGCACCAUGGUGAACGAUAUGAAGAAGAUAGCAACUCCAGAUCUGGAUGAAAUAUUGGGAGAAGCCAUACCGGCACAAUUCAGGGAAAGAAUGGAUCCCAGCGUUCUAGAGGCAAGUCUCGGAAGCGAUGUGACCUUUGAUGGAUGCCAUAUAUAUGGUUCCGUGCCCGUCAAUAGAGUGGCAGGAGAACUUCAAAUUACAGCCAAAGGAUGGGGCUACCAAGACUUUGAGAAAGCGCCCGUCUCGGAGAUCAAUUUCUCACACGUUAUCAACGAGUUUUCUUAUGGGGAUUUCUUCCCAUAUAUCGACAAUCCACUCGACAACACUGCCAAGAUAAGCAUCGUGGAUCGUCUAAUGGGAUACCUCUAUGAUACAUCAAUUGUCCCAACGGUCUAUGAGAAAUUGGGAGCUUACGUUGACACCAACCAAUACGCUGUCAGUGAGCGCCAGUUCGACCAGAAGAGUACGAAACGCGGCUCCACAACAGUACCGGGGAUAUUCUUUAGAUAUGAUUUUGAGCCUCUUUCGAUUUCGAUCAAGGAUCGUCGCCUCUCUUUUAUCCAAUUCAUCAUUAGACUGGUCGCACUUCUCUCCUUUGUAGUUUACAUUGCAUCCUGGACCUUCAGAAUGGUAGAUUUGACGCUUAUAACAGUGAUGGGUCCCAAAUGGUCAUUGCGCUACCAACCUAACUCGGACUCAAAAGGCCUUCUUGAGCGUUAA